AUGGCGGCCAGCCGUUCCGUUGAUUCGAUGAUGAUGUUGAAAUGCUGCGGCAUGACAGACACACGGAACUACGACAUGUCGGUAUGGCAACUGCGACGCCUAGGUCCCCGUGGCAUGUCAGUCCCGCUCAGCUGCUGCGUACAGCGCACUCAGGAUGCUUCCUACCUUAACCCUGUACCGGUCAACCAAUCACGCUGCCAAGAUAUCAAGCCUAAUGAACAAUUUAGACAUGUGCCGGGAUGCCUUAGCAGACUGGAAGACUGGUACCAACAACAGUACAUCAUAUUCAUGUUUGCUCUUUUCAUUGUGGCUCUUUUUAAACUGGGCAUUCUACUCAGCACCGUCUUUUCGUGUAUACGUCUCAGGAAGAAACGACAGGAUGUACACUCGUUCAUCAUGAAAUCCGUCGAUAAUAACACUAAUGAGAAUAUCUACGAAAGCAAAAUGGGUCCGUUACAUGACGAACCGAUUAUGGCUAAGUACAUUCAGCCUAAUAACUUCUAUAGCCCACGUGUACGGAAUCCAAGGAUUUUUCCGAGUAAACCAAAUGAAAUGGUAUGAGAAUUAGCAGCGGAGGUAAAUGCUUUAGAGGGAAAACUUGAAAAAUUCUCCGAGUAUCUGUAUAAACAUCAGGCAGAUUCUAUCAUGUGGUGAAGUAGGCAUCCUCGCCAAAAUUUAAUAAUUCUUGUUAUGUACAGUCGAUACCCUAAGGUACCCGAGUCCUUAGCCGACCUUUUGGUUCUGAGAGCCUUCUUAUGCAUUCAAUAGAAAAGUGAAAAGGAAUUUCAGCUUUUUAGUUGAAAUUUGUAUUUAUAUAAUUAAAGAUCAAAUUGUCCUCAAAAGUUUCUUAACAAGUCAUUCACUAAUGAUGUAAUAAGGAAGCCAUACCAAAAUGUAUUUUACGUCUCUCUUAACACUUUUCUUCACGCUAAUUUACUCAAAACCAAAUAGUCGGUUAGGGGGUCAGGUAUUUUAUGGCACCGACUGUACCUUGAUGAAAUGCCGAUGAGUAUCUAACAGGUAUAUGAUGGAAAUAUUACUGUGCCAUACAUUUCUAAAUUUACUUAUGUAUUCUGCUAUUAUAAGUUGCAGAGUCAAGAAUAUAAUUUGCCUUGUUCUCUAAAGUAUUUCGCUCCGUUUGUAUAAACAUCGUUUGUAGUAUGUACGUAACUAUACUAUAGUAUAGGUUAAUUGUGUAAAUUAUUCAGGAUCACAUAACGCAUUUAUAGCUAAGGGAUUUUAAAAUUAGUAGUCACAAGUUUCAAUAUGCAAUAUUAUUUUCAAAAGAACAUUCAAAAAUUGGUCCUAAAGUUAAAACAUCAUUAACAAUGGCUCUGGAAUGUUGCUACCAUUCACAAAUUGCUUUUUUGUUUGAUUGAUUUAGAAAGAGAGCUGCGACAUAUAAACCUCGGUCGUCAAUUGUUUUUAUUUCAAUAAUAUUUUCCUUCUCAAAGAUCUUAUAAAU